AUAGCGCAAAUAUAGUCGAGUAACUUUGUCGAAGACACCGAUGAGCUAUAACGAAGCCUCUGGCCUGCAGUCAAUUUUGACCGCAAAAGUGUGAUUCCUGGCCCACUGUGCGUCGGUUGCCUUGAACCCCAUUUGAUUGAACACGCCGUUGAUUUUGCUGUGCCAAACACGCGCCGACUGUUUCAGCCCGUAAAUGCUGCGCUUGAGGUGGCAAACCAGGUCGUUGCCCUGUGAAAAUCCUGGAGGCUGCUUCAUGAAGAUAUCUUCCUCGAAUUCCGCGUACAGCUCCUUGCGGCACACCCAGGUCUAUAAAGGAUUUCUAGAACAAAUUUUAAAUUAAAUUCAUUCAUUUCCUGCGGCACCGAACAUUCAUCGUGUUUUUUCUAACGUAUUCAUUGCCGUUUUAUCCGAAGCCCUGAAUUGAUAAGGAAACGGAAGCGGUUCUGUUUAAUCGAGCUGUGAACAAAAAAAAAACGCAAAGAGGCAAACAAUCAAACCUUUGAUAAGCACUCCAGAUCACAUCCGAGAUGAGCAGCCGGGAUUGUAUUAGCCUGACCAAACUGAGAGGCCAGAAAUGGAAAGCAUUUGCUGAAUUGGUCAACAAGUGGACUGUAGCUGAUUCUGACGAUGAAGACAUUCCGAUUAGUGAGCUUACGGGUGAUUCUCGUAAAUCUCAUAAGAGCCAUGGCAGCAGUCACCACAAGAGUUCGAACAAAGUCUCAUCAACUGCUGUACCGGCUGUCGUGAGCAACAGUGCGCGUAACAACCGCCCCAAGGGCAGCGUUAUGCGUUUGGACCGUGCCGACAUGGGCCUGUACGGAGUGUGUCCGGAAACGGAUCCGUUCUAUGCUGUUAUCUGUGAUAUUUGUGGCAGUGUGGUCAAACCACAAGGUCUCCAGAAGCACAUGAGCAAUCGACACCAUUCCUAUUACAGUCACGCUGCGAAAAAUAUAUCUCACAGCAACCGGGAUCACCACAUCAGUAGCAGCGAGCCCACUUCCCGGAGCGCAUCGAUCAGCUCAAGUGAACCUUCGAUCUCUAGAACGGAGAAGAUACAUCAUAGUAGUUCAAAACAAGAUGACCUGGAUAACACUCCUCUUAAGGCUCGAAGUAGCGGUUCUAGUUCGAAGUUUAAGACUAAAAAUGGCAAGAGCGGAUCUUCUUCUCACAGUUCCUCGCAUCACAAUGGAAAACCAUCUUCCAGUGUAUCCUCUGGGAGAUCAUCCACGUCGGAAAUCGUCCCACCGAGUGAACAUACGGUACCAAACUCCAGGGAGCAGCAGAAGCAUGAAUCUUCAACCGCAACCGCAACUCUGGUCUCGGCCACUGGCUCGAUGGAUAAGAAAACUUCAUUUUCCUCUACUUCAUCGGGUGUCAGCAGUGACAGCGCUGCUUCACACAAUCACCAACAGCAGUCGUCGCAUUCGGGAAAGGGAUUAAAGCGGACCAGUGCCAAGCUGCCUUCGUCCGCUUCUUCUUCGUCCUCAUCAUCAUCUUCAUCUUCAUCCUCCUCAUCUUCUUCGUCAUCGUCAAGCACUAACAGCGGAAGUAGUAGCAGUAGUACCAGUAGUAGCACUAGUGUUUCCGCUUCCGCUAGUAGUAGUAAAUCUUCGAGCGAUAGGAAAAAUGAAAGGAGGGAUUAUGAUCCAGACAAGCAUUGUGGUGUGAUUGCUGUCGAUGGUAAACGACAUUGUACGCGUCCGCUUAGCUGUAAAUCCCAUUCUCUGUCCAUGCGACGCGCCGUUUCUGGACGCAGCAAAACGUUUGAUAAAUUACUUUCCGAUCUUAAAUGCGGUAUAACCACGUCGUCUACUAAAGAAGAGAGCUUUAUCGAGGUGGAAUCUUCCAGUAAUUCGUCAAAUGGGUUUGAUGGUCGAGGAUUGAUUGCGGAUACGUCAGUAGUCAAUUUAGCUGAAACGUCUGCACAACUGAUGUAUACUCCCGAAAAAUCUAGUCCUCAAAACGAAAGUUUACCUUCUACACCUAGCAGUCUUAAAACUACCAGCUGCUCCAGUGUUGUUUCAUCAUCGCCAUCGGCCGCCAAAUCAGUCGAUUCAAAGAUCGAACGAUCUAAGCACAAGCAACGGUUCGGUUCCACACCAGCGAAGACAAGUUUAACGUUCCAUGAUCAACCACCUACCACCUUAACUCCUCCAACACCGCCGCCAUCAAUAACUACGCCCAAUUCUGGGCUAACAACACAUGUUGCACCAAGUCCAGUGGCGAUUGGAAGACAUAAAAUACCAGCAAGGGAUCCGCAGAUUGCGAUACCAGCAGCAGCUGAACUCUUGGCUCAACACUUUGUUGAAGAGAAUCCUAACACUGUCCUUUCGGAUGCAACGAUUGUUAUGGACCCAAAUACAAAUCUCCUUAAACUGUCCGUCUCUGGUACGCUGCAUCCGACCAAUGAAAACGAGACACCAGAACAAUCUAUCCAGCAGUUUGCUACCAAUCUUAUGCAGGAACAGUUGACAGUAACGGUUCCACUUUCUGUGAUAUCGUCUAUGAACAUUUCAGGAACCAAUCUGGUAAACGUGAAUGCUGGUUCAGAUGAUCCUUCGGCAAUAACUUCGACUACUGCUGUCUUAAGUGAGUCCUCGUCAGUUGCAUUGCAACACACGGGAGAGCUUCUGGCCACCGAUGGUACAGCUACGGGAGAAGCUGAUCUGAGUCGACCGGAACAAUUCAUUCCAACGGAGCUGAUAAAUCAACUUCCUUUAGUCCAAACUACGGACGGAACAGAAUUACACCACGACACCAAUCAGUACAUUACCACCACAGAUGGGCAGGAGUUAACCGAACAUACACUCAUCUCGAACUACAACGAACAAAUUAACUAUACCUUACAAACUUUAGCUCAGAAUCUUCAAACCGAUUUGGCUGAAAGCAUAGAUGACAUCGUUCCCACCAUAAACUUAUUGCCGACUUCGGCAAAUCCCUUGGUCAUACCUCAAAUACAAUCAGAUCUACCCGAAUCCAUCAUACUAACGCCCAUAGACUCCCAUUUCAUCGAAAAUGUUACUCUAAAGCCAGAAUUGGAAAUCCUUACCGUCAACACACCUGUCGAUAUAUCCAAACUUCACUUGAUGCGAGCCGUCGAUGACGAGUUUAUCAAAGAAAGGCAGCAACAACAGCAACAAAACAAUAUUAUGUAUCACGCUCAGAUCGACGAGUUCCGAGGAGUUAAGAUGUGGUACAGUAGUUUGCCCAAGCCGCUUCAUGUAAACAAUUUUCAAUUGCGUAAGCUCGGAGGAGGUUACGUUAUGAAUAGAAAGCUAUUGAACAUACGAAAAAAUUUAGUGAAUGAAUCUAAUAAUUUGUCUAAAUCUCUCAACUCUCAACUAUCGCCUAUCGGAGGUUCACGAAGUUCACUCAACUUUGGCAGCCCAGGAACCCGUUCCGGAGAUCUCUUGUCACCAAUUUCCGGAAUGGGUAAAAGUAAAGAUACGAAUGGUGGCCUGGCUUUAUCGAACUCGCCAGUGGGCAAUCGCCCGGGUCAAGUAAACAGAGGCCAACGAAGACUUAUACUGCCACAGGCUUCGAUUAAAAAACCAGCUGAGAAAACGUCGUGCUUGCUUAGUAAUUCUUACUUUAAAAAUCUGAUAAGCUCGAUGCAAAACACUAGCCAACAAAAUACAAGAGGAACAUCAAGCCUGAAGCGGUCCGCUUCGACCUUGACUACGCUGUCCAACAAACGACUGAAAAUCAUUAACAACCUGCAAAACUCGACCGCACCGCCCCAAAUGUUGUUGCAGGGCAGCAGCGGUAAAGUGAAGCCCAAAGUAUUAUAAUUAGUGAUCAGGAUCUACAAUCUCAACGACGGCUGCGAAGGCUCUGAAAAUGCCGACGAUCACGCCUAAGAUAGGAUUUGAGAUCCGGAAGUACUUUUCACAGACUUGUAACCCAGUUUCGGCUUAGUAAUCCUGUUAGGGCAAGCCAGGAGCGCAUAAUUAUGAGAAUUUUCUAUGACUGAAUGAUGAUUUAGCAAUCAUCAUGAUGAUUUAGCAAUCAGCAAUGUUUGUCUCUAAACAUAUACACAUCUAUAAAAUAUUCCGAUUAUUAAGAUUGAAAUAACAUAACAAAAUAGUUUAUAGAUUUGUCACGCUUUAGGGACGUUUUUGAGAAUCAUUUUGUUAAUAUUUCUCCACAUUUUAUAAACCUGUUGUAUCUUCUUGUGAAAUCUACGUUUAUUAGCCAUGAAGGGCUAUCAUGUAUUGACCAUUUAAUUUAUUUUUUAAACAGAAUUGUACAGAUCAGAUUAAUAAAAUUGUGAAUCCACAUUAUUUUUUUCAACGAAAUUGUGCUUAAUUUGCUUGACGUUAUACAGAUACGUUCGAGGUCUUCUCAUAAAACGUCCCGUAAGAAAUAUGCAAAUGCGUUCUGUCUCCGAUUAAAUCGAUAACGAUCCUAAAGUUGUAACUAGGCCGUUACUCACAGUGCGGAGUAACACAAGCUGCUGGAAAUACGCCGACUAGCUGGAGGUGUUGCAAAAUAAUAAUGAACAUGAAAAUCACUUAUUGUGUGGUUCUUUUCAAGCUAAUAUCCCAGAAGCAUAACAAGACUAAAUUAAAUAAAUGACAAACGUGAACCCUGUAAUGUAGUCAUCUUUUGUAAUGAAAUUAGAAUACAUCCA